GUCCUUGCCUUGAAACCUUUGGACGAGCGAAAUCAACCACGAUGGCGCUGCCGAUUCUGGAGGUAUUCACAGAGCAAGGGUAUCAGGCCUUCCACCACCCCGAGGCCGUGUACGCGGACUUUCGGUCGUCGGGAAUCUUGCGUCGAUCAGGCAUCGACGUCUCGUCCACGUCCACGUCUCGGUUGCAUCAACGAGAAGCUCUGUUCGAAGUUGCUUUGGCCCAUGGACUCAGCAGCGUCAUUGCUCUGUACGUAUUGGCGCUCCAGGACGACAACAAGCCGACGUUCCUUUUGCAGGAACCUGUUGCGGUGCAAACGUGGGUUCGUUCCCACGUCGAUCGCGCACAGGCCACUGCCGUCCAUGCGACGUCCCCAGAGGACCUGCACGCCACUCUACGACAGGUUCGAGGGCUCCGGCAUGUUGUCCAAGCGCUCAUCGAGCGUCUGCAACGGGGGCAGCAGGCCGCUCUUCCCACCACAUCGUUUCCAGUGUCCAACGAUGCAGCUUCAUGGAAUCCAUCCACCGACGGCUCGUUGGAGUACUUGGUGUCUCUGCAAGAUGAAAUCACGUCGGUCGAGCGAAUGGUGGAGUUCAAUCUGUGGUUGAUGUCCCGUUUUCAAUCGUCGACGCUGUCGUUUCCAUCGACCUCGAAAAUGCUCCACGCGAUCCUUUCUAGCGCUGGACUCGUGGAUCUGCUGCCAUUGCCUGUCGAGGUUACUGCGCUCUUGGCCCAUUUUCAAUCCGUGGAUGCGCAUACGACGAGCGCGAUCAUGCUCUUCCUGACGCUUUACACCCACGACGUCCGCGCAACAACGUCGAACGUGUCGUGGGCCGGUGUGCAUGCCAUCGCAAUGGAAGCAGCGACUGUCCUGCACUUGCCCCGGUCACACGCCACGCACGUCUUGGCUCUGUGGACCGUCGACCAUGCUACUUCCUCUCUCCACCGCGGGUUGCUACAACACGCAUGCAACGUCCUCUCGCAAAGUCCCCCAGAGUUUUUGGAUGGACAUGUCGUCGUCGCUAUCCUGGAAAUAUUGCUGCAAUUGAGUGAACCCCAGCUCGCCCACACCAUCGCCACGACGUGCCAAGUUUCACUCGCCAGAGAGACCGAAGAUUUGACGCUGCUGUUGCUCAUGUUGGACAUUUGCCUCCGCCUCGACGCGUGGGAGGUCGCCUGGUUGCUCGCCCGCCGCGCCCCUCAGUACAUUGAGACGACGAUGGCGCGGCUUGUCGAGUACCAUCAGGCCCGCGGCAACGUCCGCGACGUCCUCCUGAAGAUGACGUGGACGCCUGCGGAAAUGGCGAUGUGGAAGUCGCAGCGCAUCUCGGCCAACGACCAAGCGCUGCUCCACCUCGUGCGUGGGGAGUUUCGCGAUGCCGACGAGUUGGUAAACUCAAGUGCAAAGGACGACCACGAGUGGACCCGCCAGUACCAUAGUCUGUUGCUGCGCGCGGUAGCUCCAAACGCCCCAGAAGUCGCGGUUUCGUCUCGCUUGGAGCAGCCCGCGCUGACGAAUUCCGACAACGCGCCUCGUCCUAGACAAGAUCGCCCACAGCAUUCGCAUCAUCACACGGCCAAGGCAGCGUGGCCCAAGCCCACUAAACAUCAAUACGAGCUGUUGUACAACCCGUUGCCGAGCAAGUCCUCGAUGACUGAAGCGGCGGCGGCAUUCACGUUGAAUUUGAAGAAACCGGUGGCGACGGCGGGGAUCGUAUCCCCUAAGAAGGCCGGACUAUCGUCCCGUGGAAACAGCAACGACCGUGCCAUUUCGACGACGUUGCAGGAGUCAGCCGACGUGCCUCCGUACCAAUGGCUGUCGACAGAUCUCACGCCUGGCCCCCACAGCGCGUCGAAUGCACCGUCCAAGCGCCAGCACGAGGCAGGUGAACCGGUGGGGCUGUCGCAGCCUGCAGUACCCCAUGUUUCUGGCCAUGCCUUGGACACGCCUGCGAGAAAACCUCAUCAAGCUAAGGAGCCACAUAGUCUCCCAGCUCGUCGGAACCCAAUCCGCGACGUGCGGAAAAAGUAUUAACGAAGACAAAGUGUUGCUCGCAUACAGUACUGCC